GACGACGAAAUGGUCCAAUAGAGCUGGCAGUUUGGAAAAGAGGGGUGAUUUUAGAGCAUAGCUACGGAAAAAAUGGUGGUAAGAUCGAGGGUCGAGUGGGAGGUCCUUGUCGCUGAUUGGCUGGCGGCUCCCUCGAGCUGCUCCUCGACCAAUGAGGACGAGGCGCCACACUUUCCUUUCACCCAGCGCCAUAUUAAGUGACACCUGCAGCCCUCCACUCUUUCCCCUUUCCCUCCUGCCCCACCACUAAGGAUAUUCAGUGACUAUUAGACUCUUGAACAAACAUGGCAGUAUCUGGGAACUACUACUUUGCUAUUGUUGGACACCAGGACAACCCAAUGUUUGAGAUGGAGUUUGUCCCAACCAACAAGGAGCCCAAGAAAGAGGACCAUCGGCACCUCAACCAGUUCAUCGCCCAUGCUGCACUGGACCUUGUGGAUGAAAGUAUGUGGACCACCACCAACAUGUACCUCCGGCUCGUUGACAAGUUCAAUGAAUGGUAUGUGUCAGCCUUUGUAACAGCAGGGAGGAUACGCCUAAUUUGUCUCCAUGAUGUGAAGAACGAUGAUGGCAUCAAGAACUUCUUCAUGGAGAUGUAUGAGACUUAUAUUAAGCAUUCCAUGAACCCUUUCUACGUGCCAAACAGCCCCAUUAAGUCAGCAGCCUUUGAGAAGAAAGCACUGUUUUAUGGGAGGAAAUAUCUGACUGGCUAAUGCACUGCCACUGAAUUAUGUGUGAAUUGAUUCUCUGAAUGUUGAAAUGAUGAAGUGAUUAUGGUGUGAUGUCUAAGGACUCCAUUGAUCUGAUAUGUUAGAAUAAGAGGGACUCAGCUAAUGUACAAAUCCUGUAGUCUCAACUUACCUCAUGUAGGGAAAAUGCCACCAAGAAGUGUGGAACAGGUGAGCAAAGAGAAUUUAUGCAGUAAUAAUUCCUGUGGUAUAUAGUCAUGUCAUGGGAAAACUGCAUAAAGGAAUGGGGUGAGGAUUUAGUGACCACAUUGAUAUUAAUAAUCAAGUUCAGUACAUUUCUACUGCAUUAGAAUUACCUGUACAGCAGCUGUACUGCAGGUCACUGCUUCUCCCCAUUGUAAGAGGUGACUACUAAAAUGAAUGAAUUUGUUGUUAAUUUUGACACACUAAUGCUGGUGGGUUAAGAGCAUAGUUUUCCCUCAGUCCUGUGAGUUUAAGAGAGAUCAGGCAAGCUAUAAUUUCUUGCCUGUUCUGUUUUGUCCUAACUGGUGAUGCAAACAUGUGGCACAGUGAUAUAGAUAAGGGAAGUUUGAAUGAGUGAAUGAAUAAAUAGAUUUAGCUCUGUAUAAUGUUCUUAGUUUUCUCAUUGUUUCUAAUUACUUUUGAUACAGAUCCAUAAACCAUGUAACCAAAGAAUAAAGACAGUUUGAUUUAAA